AUGGCUCCCGUCGCUGCCAAGACGAGCUUCAAGAGCUACGAGGCUCAGGCGCGUCUCCUUCGCGCCAUCGUGGCUGCCCACCCCGAGAUCAAGUGGAAUUACAAGGACAUCCGAACUCUGUACGGAUCGGACAUGACCAAGGAUAUGCUUGAUCACCGCUUCAAGGCUAUUCGCGCGCAUGUCGAUGUCGUCAGAGACGCAGUCGCUCAGGGAGUGGACUGCGCCAACAUCCCCGCGGAUCUGCCCAAGGGCAGGAAGGAGAUCGCCAAGUUCUUCGGCGAGUCCACCGCCGACGGUAUCCAGUUCCAGUUCCGUGGAAUCAAGAAGGACGCCGAGGCCCUGAAGCAGACGGCCAACAGCGGCGGCAACCCGGCCACCGCCCUGAAUCUGUCUGGUACCGGUCCCUCCAGCGCCGUGUCCACCCCUCGCAAGCCUACCCCCUCGAAGCCUCGUGCCUCGGGCGGCGGCCGCUCCACCGCCAAGAAGACCAAGCCGAUCAAGCUCCAGCCGCUCAGUGACGAUGACGAGGAGGAUGAGAACGUCGACUAUAACGCACUCGAGGAUACUCCUUCCAAGUCGCGCAACGACCGCGUCAUGAGCGGCCGUAUCACCAAGGCCUCCACGCCCAGCCGCCGCAGUAACACCCCGAGCCGUGCCGCUACUAUCGCCGCGGCUGCCAACAUCUCCCAAGCUGCCGCCGUGGACCUGACCACCUCCGACAGCGAGAUUAACACUCCUGAGAACACCACCGCUUUCGAGCCCAUCGAGAUGAAGCCCGCCGUCGUUCAGCAGUCCUUCGAGCAGUUCAUCGCUCAGCCUGUGGCCCAGCCGGCCUUUGACGCCUACGUGGCGCCCUCCAGCCUGUCGCAGCAGUCGAGCAACGACUUCCUGUUCAACAACAGUCUCGAGGACCCCCUGGCCAGCUUCGCCGACACCUGCAGCGGAAGCUUCGACAAGGGCUUCACCGCCGGAUACAUGGACAACGACGGCAUUGGAGAGAUCUGA